AUGGAUUCCUAUGAUUAUGCAUUUAAGAUAGUUGUUGUUGGAGAUAGUGGAGUGGGGAAGUCUAGUUUGUUAAACUGCUUUUGCUCCAGACCUUUCGAUGAAAAUUUAGGACCUACCAUAGGUGUCGAUUUUAAGUGCAUAUCGACAAUUAUAGCGCGAUCAAACAUUGAACUCUUAAUAUAUGUAAGCGCAAGAUUCAACUCCUGCUUAAAAAAAUUAUUUUGGGAGCAGGUUUGUGAUAUAAACAUUGAGUCAGGUGCUUCCAAAAAGCAUAUAAAACUUGAGCUCUGGGAUACUGCUGGGGAAGAAAGAUUUAGAGGCAUUACAUCUGUUUUUUAUCGGAAUGCUCAUGCAGCUCUUAUUGUGUUUGAUUUAGCACGUAAAACAACAUUUGAUAGUGUAAAAAGCUGGAUUGAAAACCUAAAAAGGUAUUGUGGAGAAGACAUCAACUUAUUAUUGGUAGCAAAUAAAUGUGAUCUUAAGCAAACUGUUACGAGCUCAGAUAUUGAGGACUUUGUGUACUGGAACAAUAUUCAAUACACGGAAACCAGUGCUAAAAACCAUAUUAACAUACAAGAAACUAUCAGAAAACUAUCAGAAGAUUUAGUAUUAAAACAUCAACAGUUGUUAUCAUUAAGCUCAUUUGAUUCAGGACCUGGAAGUAUAUUUUUGCAACAUACACGUCAGCAGACCCAAGGUUACUGCUGUGGAUAUUUAGAAUUUUAA